AUGUAUGAACUAUAUAUCUUGCACAGUGAAAUGGCAGAGGUUAUCCAGACAUUCCUUAGACAAGUGUUUUCCUUCAGCGUAAAGAGAGCAUGGGACCUUGGUAACAAAACUCUGUUCCGUGGCGCUGAACUUCCGGAUCUGAAGCUACAAGCGAUGUACUUCAAAACAGAUGGAUGUCCUAUUGAAGCGACAGCAGAUAUGCACUUUUGUGCUGCUCAGGGCAGAGAUCACACGGAGGUGCGUUUAAAAAUGAUGCUUUGGUAA